CUGUAUAGUAUUCCCUAGACAAGAUGAAGGUCCUCUGAUCGCCGUGUUGGGUUUUGAUCGAAAAAUGGAUAUCUUUGAUCCAUCUGAUGGAGCUAAUGCUACUGCUAUUGAACGAAUCAACUUAAUGGGUGGAUGGGGUGGUGCUUCUUGUAGCAUUGACUUUAAUUACAGAGGCAAUAUGAUUUAUUGGGCUGAUUAUUAUGUUAGCAAGGUCUACAGUUUAAAGGCCGAUGGUGGUGAUCAGGAACAGAAGGUUAUACUGGGAGAUGGUUUGGAUUUCCCUGAAGGUCUGGCGUAUGAUUGGAUACAUAAUAAUUUAUACGUCAGUGACUUCAGACAGCAUGAAAUCAUGGUAAUCAACCCAGAAACUGGAGCCAAGAAAACUUUAAUAACUGAUGUCCCUGACGUACGUGACGUGGAAGUCGAUCCAAAAACUGGUUGGUUAUAUUGGAUUUGUGGUUGGGAAGAAACAGCUGUGUUGAUGAAGUCAGCAUUAGACGGACAGAAUCAAGUUGUAAUAUCUUCUGACUUAGACAGACCAAGGAGUUUAUCUUUAGAUUAUGAUGAACAGAAAUUAUAUUGGACUGAACUACCUCCUUUCAACAGUAUUAAAAGUAUUAGUGUCGAUGGAGAAAAUCUGACAACAGUUUAUCAAACAGUCACUGGUCGUCUAUCUACACCACCAAAGUACUUGACUAUAUCGAGGGACUAUAUCUACUGGAACCAAGGUCAUGAAUCCAUAAGACGAGCAGAUAAACAACAGAUAACUGAAAAUACCAGGUACAGGAAACUAGAAGAGCAUGACGCCAAUGGCAAAACGACAAAUCUGUUUAUGGGCAUUCUUGCUAUUGAUCCAAGAAAACAGACAGAAAGCCCAAGUCUGUGUGGAGAUAAUAAUGGUGGAUGUUCCCAUUUCUGUCUACCGACAUUGAUGCAAUCUAUACCGCCAUAUAACUGCGCAUGCCCAGAUGGAAUGAACUUAAUGAAUGACAACUCAACAUGUUCAGAUGAAACACAGAUUUAACCUUAUGAAACGAUAUUUCAGUUUGGUGUAAUAUUCUCGGCUAAAAGAAAACAAAUUUAGCUUUUA